CCACGUCAGCUUACGUUUCCAAAUUUUUACUCCGCGGAUCAGCUUCAAAGAGGCAGCAGCAUCUAAGGACCAUGUUUAGCUCUGCGAAUGCAAGCUAUUCUUGCGCUAGGGGACCCCAAGCAAGCGAUGAUGGAUUUUGAUGAGCGGGUUUCUUGUGGCUCUAAUCUUUAUUUGCCUAGCUGCACCUAUUAUGUCUCGGGUCCGGAUUUCUCCAGUCUGCCUUCUUUUCUACCCCAAACGCCGGCUUCUCGCCCCAUGACAUACUCCUACUCGUCCAAUAUACCCCAGGUUCAACCUGUGCGAGAAGUUACCUUCAGAGACUAUGCCAUCGAUCCUUCCAAUAAGUGGCAUCACAGGGGGAACCUCCCGCACUGCUACUCCGCAGAGGAGCUGAUGCACAGAGAAUGUCUGCCUGCCAGUACCAUGGGCGAGAUGUUAAUGAAAAAUAGCGCCAACGUUUACCACCCCAGCUCCAACGCGUCCUCCAGCUUCUACAACCCGGUGGGGAGGAACGGGGUUUUGCCGCAAGGAUUUGACCAGUUUUUCGAGACUGCCUACGGUUCUAGUGAGAAUCAGCAGUCGGAAUAUUGCGGGGAGAAGAGCCCAGAUAAAGCGCCGUCUGCGGCAACUUCAAGUUCGGAGACCUCGAGAGUGUCUGUGGAGAAGGAGACGAGCCCCGGGAGUAGCAGCCCGGAGUCUUCUUCCGGCAACAAUGAGGAGAAAGGCAGCAACUCCAGUGGCCAGCGUACGCGCAAAAAGCGGUGCCCCUAUACCAAGUACCAGAUCCGGGAGCUGGAAAGAGAAUUUUUUUUCAGUGUCUACAUCAACAAAGAGAAGCGGCUGCAACUUUCCCGGAUGCUCAACUUAACCGACCGGCAAGUUAAAAUUUGGUUUCAGAACAGGAGGAUGAAGGAAAAGAAGUUAAACAGGGACCGCCUUCAGUAUUACACCACGAAUCCAUUGCUCUGAGAUUAGACUGCGAUUACAAAGGUGAAUUUCUCCGCCCUAUGUUCUCCUUCUACGAAGAAAGCGGCCAGGGCCGAAUGCAGAGGUAAAACAUAAACUCAAGUUCGAGUUGAGAGCAGAUACUUUAGUACAGUCUUGACAGGCCCGACAACUUUGCAAAACUAACUGGGACGUCUAACUUUCAACUUUAAAAAGUAACUGGAAUUAAUGAUCAUCGUUUGUUUCACAUAGCACACAUUAUUAUAUUCUAACUUGUGUGAUCUACAUGCUUUGUACAAAGGGUGUCUCGAGACAUAAUUGUUGAGAUGCCAAUGUGAAUGCUUGGAUUUAGUUCAGCGAAACAGAUUUGUCUUAAUUCGAAGGAGAAUGCAGCAUCGUUUUGAAUACAGACCUGUGUAUUGGAGCCCUAGGAGAACCAGUUGACUGUUGUGGACCAGCUGCAAUAUAAAAACAAAGUAAUAAAAUGUGCGCAUGCUUUAGAUUAGGAAGCUUUCAGUGGCGCUCACUAUCAAUCACAACUAUUGGAUAUAUAUUUUUUAUCUUCAGUUACAAGGAGUAGCAACCAACUUCAUUCUUUUUGUAACUGACCUUUCC